CAGGCGGAGGAGUCCGCUCUGGCGGUGGUGGCGGCGGCGGCGCUGUUCCCCGCGCGGUCCGCGGAGCGGGGUCCGGGCUGCCCGACGUGGGUCGGCGGCGGCGGCGGCACUGCGGCCCCGGCCCGAGCCCGACCCCGGGUCCCCUCCUCGGCCGCCCCCCGCCCGGCCGCCCGCCCUCGGGCCGCCCCCCGGGCCCUCGGUCCCCCACCCCGCUGGCGGGGCCCGGGCAGAAGAUGGUGCAGAAGAAACCAGCCGAAGUUCAGGGCUUCCACCGUCCGUUCAAGGGCCAGAACCCCUUCGAGCUGGCCUUCUCUCUAGACCAGGCCCACCACGGAGACUCGGACUUUGCCCUGCAGUGCUCAGCCCGCCCUGGUGAGGGGCCUGAGGGGGAGGAGGGCACGGGGCAGCCUCCAUCGCCGCCAUGGCAGUGGCCCACUUCUGCAGGAGGGUGGGGGCUGGCCAGCCAGGGCCCUGUCCUGAGCCCCCUGGGCGUGCCUCCUGGGACAGACAUGCCGGCCAGCCAGCCCAUCGACAUCCCGGACGCCAAGAAGAGGGGCAAGAAGAAGAAGCGCGGCCGGGCCACCGACAGCUUCUCGGGCAGGUUUGAAGACGUCUACCAGCUGCAGGAGGAUGUGCUGGGGGAGGGCGCCCAUGCCCGUGUGCAAACCUGCAUCAACCUGAUCACCAGCCAGGAGUACGCUGUCAAGAUCAUUGAGAAGCAGCCAGGCCACAUUCGGAGCAGGGUUUUCCGGGAGGUGGAGAUGCUGUACCAGUGCCAGGGACACAGGAACGUUCUAGAGCUGAUUGAGUUCUUCGAGGAGGAGGACCGCUUCUACCUGGUAUUUGAGAAGAUGCGGGGAGGCUCCAUCCUGAGCCACAUCCACAAGCGCCGGCACUUCAACGAGCUGGAGGCCAGCGUGGUGGUGCAGGACGUGGCCAGUGCCUUGGACUUCCUGCACAACAAAGGCAUCGCCCACAGGGACCUAAAGCCGGAAAACAUCCUCUGUGAGCACCCCAACCAGGUCUCCCCUGUGAAGAUCUGUGACUUCGACCUGGGCAGCGGCAUCAAACUCAACGGGGACUGCUCCCCCAUCUCCACCCCGGAGCUGCUCACCCCGUGCGGCUCGGCGGAGUACAUGGCCCCGGAGGUGGUGGAGGCCUUCAGCGAGGAGGCCAGCAUCUACGACAAGCGCUGCGACCUGUGGAGCCUGGGUGUCAUCCUGUACAUCCUGCUCAGCGGCUACCCCCCCUUUGUGGGCCGCUGCGGCAGCGACUGCGGCUGGGACCGCGGCGAGGCCUGCCCUGCCUGCCAGAACAUGCUGUUUGAGAGCAUCCAGGAGGGCAAGUAUGAGUUCCCGGACAAGGACUGGGCCCACAUCUCCUGCGCCGCCAAAGACCUUAUCUCCAAGCUGCUCGUCCGCGAUGCCAAGCAGAGGCUGAGCGCUGCCCAAGUCCUGCAGCACCCCUGGGUCCAGGGGUGCGCCCCGGAGAACACCCUGCCCACUCCCAUGGUCCUGCAGAGGAACAGCUGUGCCAAAGACCUCACGUCCUUCGCAGCAGAGGCCAUUGCCAUGAACCGGCAGCUGGCCCAGCGCGACGAGGACCUGGCGGAGGAGGAGGCUGCGGGGCAGGGCCAGCCCGUCCUCGUCCGAGCUACCUCACGCUGCCUGCAGCUGUCCCCGCCCUCCGAGUCCAAGCUGGCCCAGCGGAGGCAAAGGGCCAGCCUAUCCUCGGCCCCCGUGGUGUUGGUGGGAGACCGCGCCUGACCCUCCGUCUCCCCUCUGUACAUAGGUCUCAUGUCUCCAGAUCAAAUCGAAAGGUUUUUUAAGCUAUCUCCAGCUGGUGUCCAGCGGGCUGCCUCUCCUCCGGCUGGAUUCCCAGGCACUAAGCUCAGCUGUGGGGUCGUUUUAUAGAAGGUUUUUGCUUUUGGGUUGGUUUUUUUCCCGUUUCCGCCCCCUGCUCUUUAUUUUUUCUCCUUUUGAUGGUUAAAAGCAAUGCAGGCACCCGGGGAGGUGGGCAGAGAGUGUGGGGCUGGGCUUGUCCAUUGCCCAGCCCCCGGCCCGCUCACCUGAACUGAAGGUGUCCCAGGUCACCUGCGCCGCCCGCCACCUGCCCACGCCCGCAGCGUUUGCCAUCUUCCAGAGGUGGGGAGGGAAACGGGACCCUGCCGUGUGUCCUCUCCCACCUGCAGUAUUUCAGGGACAGGCUCUUCCCUUCUAUUCCUCACCCUGAGGGCACCCCUGGUGGCUUGGUGGGGGAGGAGAGGGGAUGCCUGUCUCCAGAUGGGCCAGGCGGGCAGGUGGAGGGCAGCCGACCCACCCCACCCCGCCGGAUACCCCAGCCCCUCACCCUCACCCUCACCCGCGUCGUCCCUGUGAUAGUUGACAAUCGGGCUUCCUGCAAGGCCCACCUGUCCAGGACCCGUGGUGGCCCAGCUCGGCCUCUAACCUUGACCUUAAGCUGCAGCUGGCCCCAGGGGCUCACCGCUACCCUCCCUGCUGCGCCAGGGCCCGAGACCGCAGGAGCCCCACCCGGCCCGCAGUCACUUCCACCACUGCAGGCAGAGGCGCUGGACAGGCACUGUCAGCCAACGUGGGGGUCCCGAAGACACCCCCUCUGGGCACCCGGUGCCCCUUCUCAGGGCUCAGUCUGACCGUGGCCACGUCCUGCCUCGCACUGCUCCUCAGGCCUGGCACAGAAGCUCUGUCAGGUUCAUCCUCGCUCUUAGAGCUGGGCCCAUACCCUGGGGUCUGGCCGAAUCUCCACCCCUAGGGCAGGGUUUUAGGCCUGCCGCCUUCAGGAAAACGGCUGCAGCCUCAGCCUCCCUUCGGGCACCCAGGAAUUGGGGGUGUCUGCUCAGCCCCCACCCGCCACGCUCCAACCCCCGGGGGCUGCGGAUCCUGCCACCCCUCCCGAGGGUGGGUAUGUUCUAUGCAAUACAAGGUUCCACUUCUGAGUGCGAGGCUGUGGUGGCGGGUGGCAACGAGGGCAGCAGCCCCCCAACUCCACGCCUGGGGCAGCCGCUCUGGCUUCCACGUCCGCGGUCGGGAUUGUUUGUCAUGUUUAGUUGUUCCUUUUUUUUUUUAAGAAAAAACAUCGGUUGACUUUGCUUCCCUGUUCUUGAAGAAUACUUGAAUGUCGGGGGGGGGGGGCCUGCCCAGCCCCACUGCCCCUCCCAGAUCUCCUACAACGGUCACAGUCUGGUGGCCGUGGGGGUGCUGUGCCCUCCCUGGUCCCCACUGCCCAUAUCUGUGGACUGCCCCUUCCAAAGACCCCAGGGAGAUGGGGAAGGCCGCCCCCUCCCCCAUCAUGUCCCGCCUGUCAGUGAUUCCAUAUUUUGCAAAAACCCCCGCCCGCUGCAGGCGCCCGCAGCUGUCCCAGCUGAAGAGCUGAGUGGCAGCUUUUUUUUCCCAAAGGUGGGACAGUCACUACCCCCCACCCCCGUUGCAUCCAUGUGUGACCUGGAGGACUGGUCAGAACCAUUACUGUGAAUGAGCGGAGAUCCUGGGCGCUCAGGCCAGCUCCCAGCGCUGGGGGACAGAACAGCCAUGUGUCAAUAUUACGAUGUUUUUAAAAGACAAAAAAAAAAAAAAAGCCUCAAAGUUUUUUUAAAGUGGGGGAAAAACAUCCAAGCACUUUAAUUCCAUUGUACCAGGUGAACUGAUGGAGCUCAGAGGUUUUCCUUUACACCAACUGUCAAUGCCGGAAUUUUCUAUUCUGUUUUGUAAGGAUUUAAUAAAAGUCAGAAAACCUGC